GCCCAGAUCGGGUGAUUGACAGCUCCCGGGCAGGGUGGCGUUUAGGCUAUCGCGAUAUUCUCAGGAUCUGGGACAGAGGCAUAGGCGGAUCCCAUGCAAAGAAUGGCAACAAUGUCCUUUCUGUUUAGGGCGGCUGCGUUUUCUCUCCGUGCCUCCAGGUCCAAUGCAGUCAGGGCGUACAGCGCAGGUGGCCAGUAUCAACACUUACUCGUGGAGAAAAAGGGUGAGCAGAAGAAUGUGGGGUUUAUCCAGCUGAAUCGGCCAAAGGCAUUGAACGCUUUGUGUGAUGCUUUGAUGAAGGAACUCGGUCAGGCACUGGACUUGUUUGAGGAUGACUCGACAGUCGGAGCCAUUGUCCUGACAGGAAGUGAAAAGGCAUUUGCAGCUGGUGCUGAUAUCAAGGAGAUGGAGAAGAAAACUUUCCAGGAAUGUUAUACUGGGAACUUCCUUUCCCAUUGGAACCGCGUGGCAACAUCACAAAAGCCGGUUAUCGCUGCAGUGAAUGGCUAUGCUGUAGGUAGUGCUGACGAUCUAAAGUUGACACUUUGAGCUUAUGGAACACGU